GAUGAGGACGAUACGAGUUUACUCGUUAUAGUUUUAGAUUGUAAUAUAUAUUCAUGGGGUACAUCAUCACCUCCAUUAAUAAACACAUCAAAAAAUAAUUAUAUAGGGUUUUCAAAAUUUUUAGAGCAUGUUAUGGUAUUCAUUAAUGCAUAUUUAAUGCUAAAUCAAGAGAAUCAAAUCGCUUUAAUUUCAUCUAAAAUUGGACAAUCUUCUUUUAUAUUCCCUGAAACUGUCGAGCAAUUAGAGCAAGAGGAAACCCAAACCGAAAACAAUAUUCAAAAUAUAACUUUACAAAGCCAAAUUUUAAAACGAUUACAAAAAAUCAAUAUAGAGGUUAACAAUGAUCAACAAGAUAUUAUAAAUUCAAGUUUUUCUGCUGCUUUAUCAAUGGCACUUUGUUAUAUUAAUAGAAUAAGAAAAGAAUCACCAAAUUUAAAACCUAGAAUUUUAGUAUUCAAUAUUUCACCGGAUGUCUCUUCUCAAUAUAUUUCUGUAAUGAAUUGUAUUUUUUCAGCACAAAAACAAUCAAUACCGGUAGAUUCAUGUAUAUUAUCUCAAACUGACUCAACAUUUUUACAACAAGCCUCACAUUUAACAAAUGGAAUUUAUUUAAAGCCCCAUAAGCAAGAACUAUUAUCACAAUACUUAUUGACAACAUUUUUAUUAGAUACUCAAUCAAGAAAAUCAUUGGCAUAUCCAAAUUUAAAAUCAGUAGAUUAUAGAGCAUCUUGUUUUUGCCAUAAAAAAAUUGUAGAUAUAGGUUUUGUUUGUUCAGUUUGUCUUUCUAUAUUUUGUAAUCAUUUUUCAUCUUGCUCAACAUGUGGAACCAAAUUCUCUUUAAAAAUA